AGUAAGUCACUGCUAUUCACCUUCCUUACUCCUGGUUCCGUAGGUCAUCAGGAUGAUAUGGCAUCGCGUUGCCCGCUUUAUCCUGGAAUGUCCUGCUGUUGUUUACCAUACCGUAUCAACGAUGUUCAAAGGUGUCAAGAUCCCGUUAUCAAGCAUUAUGUCACCGUGUUUGUAUAAGGCAGUGGCACUUGCGUUACAUGCCUGCCGGCUUAGCAUUCUCAGUUGCUAUGUAGGCGCGAUCAACCACAACAAUCUACCUUGGAGAUCUACAGUUUGGAUUUCACCGAACCGAUCAGAUUACACUUAAUACCAGCUUUCCUUCAAAAGACAAUCGGUCUGUAGAUAUCAACAGAAAAUUACCAAGCGUCCCAUCUGGUCUUUUUGUCUGCGACCGAAUUGACUUACAAAGACAAAAG